AUGUCGUCGAUUCCGGACGAGACGCUUUCGAAAGUGCUUGAGAAGAUCCAGCUGCAGGUGUACCAGACCAACCAGCAACUGGCGGCGUUGCGAGCGCAGAUCAGCGCGCGAGAGCGCGAGUCCAAGUUGCUCACCUUGACUCUGACCGAAUUGCAGGCGAUCCAAGAUUCCAAUGCAAGCUUCUACAGCAGUGUAGGCAAGAUGUUCAUCCAAGAAUCACGUCCAGUCAUCCUCGCCGACCUCACAGCCAAGCACCAGGCCAACUCAGCAGAUUUGGACGCCUUCAAGAAGAAACAACAGUACCUCGUAAAACAAGGCCAGGACGCACAAGCCCACCUGAAAGACAUCUUUUCCAGCGUCAACCGCCAUCAGCAGCAACAGUCGGCGUAA